GCUGCCCUCGCGAAAACAGCCGAACGGUCAGAUCCAGCUGGACUCCAGUUCAAAUUUCAAAAUUUGCCCAAAAAGCCCCACCACGCAUGUCCGCCCGUUUCUAACGGCUAUUUCGACCCCCGUGCUUUCCAUCUAUAAAAUAACCCCCUUAUCACCCCCACAAUCGCUUCCACAUUUCGAAAACAAAAAGCGCUUCCUCAUCCACCGCUCAAAUCCAUUCCAAGGCGUCUUCACAAACGCCUCGCUCCUCCUAAAAAGCUUUUGAGCUCAAAAGCGCUAGCUUUUUCCCAAAUCCUAAGCUCCCCAACGAAGCAGCCAUGAGAGAGUGCAUCUCCAUCCACAUCGGCCAAGCCGGGAUUCAGGUCGGCAACGCCUGCUGGGAGCUCUACUGUCUCGAACACGGGAUUCAGCCCGAUGGCCAGAUGCCGGGCGACAAGACCGUCGGCGGAGGCGACGACGCGUUCAACACGUUUUUCAGUGAAACCGGCGCCGGAAAGCAUGUGCCCCGUGCCGUGUUCGUCGAUCUCGAGCCGACCGUGAUCGACGAGGUCCGGACGGGGACCUACCGCCAGCUGUUCCACCCCGAGCAGCUCAUCAGCGGCAAAGAGGACGCCGCCAACAACUUUGCCCGCGGCCACUACACAAUCGGGAAGGAGAUAGUGGACUUGUGCUUGGACCGGAUCCGGAAGCUGGCCGACAACUGCACGGGGCUGCAGGGGUUCCUGGUGUUCCACGCGGUGGGCGGCGGGACGGGGUCGGGGCUGGGGUCGCUGCUGCUGGAGCGGCUGUCGGUGGACUACGGGAAGAAAUCGAAGCUGGGGUUCACGGUGUACCCGUCGCCGCAGGUGUCGACGUCGGUGGUGGAGCCGUACAACAGCGUGCUGUCGACCCACUCGCUCCUGGAGCACACGGACGUGGCGGUGCUCCUGGACAACGAGGCCAUCUACGACAUCUGCCGCCGGUCCCUGGACAUCGAGCGCCCCACCUACACCAACCUCAACCGCCUCGUCUCGCAGGUGAUCUCGUCGCUGACCGCCUCGCUGCGCUUCGACGGCGCCCUCAACGUCGACGUCACCGAGUUCCAGACCAACCUCGUGCCGUACCCGCGCAUCCACUUCAUGCUGUCGUCCUACGCGCCCGUCAUCUCCGCCGAGAAGGCCUACCACGAGCAGCUGUCCGUCGCGGAGAUCACCAACAGCGCCUUCGAGCCGGCCUCCAUGAUGGCCAAGUGCGACCCGCGCCACGGCAAGUACAUGGCCUGCUGCCUCAUGUACCGCGGCGACGUCGUGCCCAAGGACGUGAACGCCGCGGUGGCCACCAUCAAGACCAAGCGCACCAUCCAGUUCGUCGACUGGUGCCCCACCGGCUUCAAGUGCGGGAUCAACUACCAGCCGCCCACCGUCGUGCCCGGCGGCGACCUCGCCAAGGUGCAGCGCGCCGUCUGCAUGAUCUCCAACUCCACCAGCGUCGCCGAGGUCUUCUCGCGGAUCGACCACAAGUUCGACCUCAUGUACGCCAAGCGCGCCUUCGUGCACUGGUACGUCGGCGAGGGCAUGGAGGAGGGCGAGUUCUCCGAGGCGCGCGAGGAUCUCGCCGCGCUCGAGAAGGAUUACGAGGAGGUCGGCGCCGAGUCGGCCGAGGGUGAGGAGGAUGAAGGGGACGAGUACUGAUCACACACACUGCAUAUGGCAGCACUAUGUUAGUUUCUGAUAGAUGAGAUUAUGCUGGCUUUGUGUCUUACAUAUGUUGGUUGAUGUUCUCAUCAUCACCAAUAGACGACUGUUUGGUGAAACUUCUCUAAGUAUGUUUUGAAUGAAAAUUUAACUUCUAAUUUCUAAUGCAAUGGUUUGUUGUUGUGAUCA